UGUAAAAGUAUCGUACGGUCCAGUAGUAAAAGUUCUCUUCAACUGGCCGAAGGUACUACAUUGCUAUGGUACAUUUACAAUACAUUUAACAUUGCUUCUUGAGUGAGUUAUGGCUGCAUUGACUGAAUUGCAGGCUGAGUUGUUGGCUGCGUUACUGAAUAGUGGCAUUAGCAGUGAUGCGGUUGUACACGCUAUAAAAGCUCUUGAGAAACAGAUGAAACCAGAAUUUCAAGGCAAACUUGAGAAAAUGUCUCCAAGUGAAAGUAACGAACAAAGUCAAAUUUUCUCGGAGAUUUCUGGUACGGUUGGUCAAAAUGUCGCACCGUCGGUUCCCGAGCUAGAAACCAAUGGCUUGUCCAUUGCACAGCAACUCGUAAGACUCGAUCCUUGGCAAAGUGCAAAGAUAAUAAAACAGUACAUGAAACAGCAUAACAUUACUCAGCGCGAGGCGGUCGAAGCAACACGUUUGAACCAGAGCCAUCUUUCGCAGCAUCUCAACAAGGGUAUUCCAAUGAAAACGCAAAAAAGAUUUACGCUUUACAUAUGGUUUGAGGCAAAGCACAAGGAAAUUGCUGCACAAUAUAAUAGAAUGUUGACGAAAAGACAAACAGAUCCCGAUCUGAGUCCAACGGGCUCCACUAUGCCCUACAAGCGUUCACGAAGAAAUCGUUUCAAGUGGGGUCAAGCGUCUAAGGAAAUUCUUUACCAGGCUUAUGAUUUGGAACGUAAUCCAUUCAAAGAGGAAAGGGAGUUGUUAGCGAAAGCAUGCAACCAGGCUGAAUGCGACCAACGAGGCAUACCAUCUGAGAAAGUCGAUAACCUGGGACCAGAUCUUGUCAACGAGAGCCGUGUCUAUCAUUGGUUUGCGAAUCGUAGGAAGGAAGAAGCUUUCAAAGUAAAACUUGCAAUGGAUGCUGGAACAUAUCCUGUUGUCGGUGGAAAUGUGAUGGAACAAACAUCGCCCGAUAGUAAUAAGACCACCCUUGUCACAUCCAAUCAGAAAUCAGUCUUACCCAAGCCUUCGCUUUUGCCGGCAUUGAGCACACACUUGCUCCCCAAGUUAAUUGAUGUGACGACCCUGGAUUGUGAUACCAGUGGACGAACUUCAAAUCCUGCGGCAACUACAUCACUCAGUCAACUGUUACCAUCCGCUCCGCUUGCUCGACUUCCUACAAUGUCCUUGAUGAAAUACGAACCUAGUCCUCCUACUAUGACCCAGGCGCAUACAGUCACCCAUGCUAACGAAACAGCUCCCGCAUUAAUGCAGCAUCCUAUAUCUGUGGCAAUUGGUGCUUUACCUCAUCAAAUACUUACACCAGCACAACUUCAGGUCAUUACUGAAUUAGUGCCAGGCCAAAUGUUACCAGUUUCGCAUACUCCAGGGAUCGUCACUCAUUCUGGUGAACUGGGUACAAGCGGGGCAGUUCCAGUAUCCUAUGUUCCCAACCUAAUGGUUCCAAGUCACAUUGGCACGCAAUCUCAACCAUACACGGUGUGACGCUAAUGCCAAUGACCAGCGGUGUACCGCAGGUACAAUUUGCUAUGUCUUCACCAUCAGUUGUAUCUUCUGCGUCGAAUACAAUCACAACAAUAUCCACACCUUUGUUACUCUCCACUGAUGGCAGUGUUUCAACUACCGCUGAACCCAAUGUUUUACCAUCUCUUGGCUCAGGUCAUUUACAGCGUUCUUUACCACCAAUAUCAACGGUGAAAGAAGCUUUUGUGAAAAAUGAAAACACUAUUACGUCACAAUCUACUUUGCAACUUUCAAAUUCACCACUAAUGGGAGCAUCAACUUGUGUUCAAUCCCAAAAUUUAACAUAUUCUACAGCAAUGGCGAAACAGGAUCAAUUAUCAGCUUGUCUCCAGUCUUCUGGGGUAGUUUCUGGUAAUGUACCAAGUACUGCAUGUUCUUCUACGUUAGACGGUGCUCCUGAGACAUCUGCACAAGUUGCGCACGCAAAUGAUGAGAUGAAUUGUGGGAGAAUCCAAAUAUCCAAUGUGAUGUCACAUAGCAACAAGACGUCGAGUUCUGAGUCUAUCCUAAACAACAGUGAUACACUUGUUGUGGAAAUGAAACCAGUUGGUGGGACGUUACCCUUGAAUAAA